GAGUUCUUCAUUCUCCACUUAGCAAGGCCAUGGAAGAUCUAGAGGAAACUUUACUUGGAGAGUUUGAGAACUACUCCUAUGUCCUGGAAUAUUACUCCCCAGAGGCUGAUUUGGAGGAGAGUGCCCGCCUGGGAGUCGUCCACUGGGUCUCCCUGGUGUUGUACUGUUUGGCAUUUGUUCUGGGCAUUCCAGGAAAUGCCACUGUCAUUUGGUUCACGGGAUUCAAGUGGAGGAAGACAGUCACCACUCUCUGGUUCCUCAAUCUGGCCAUUGCAGAUUUCAUUUUUCUUCUCUUCCUGCCCCUCUACAUCUCCUAUGUGGCCAUGAACUUCCACUGGCCCUUCGGCAUCUGGUUGUGCAAGGCCAAUUCCUUCAUUGCCCAGUUGAACAUGUUUGCCAGUGUUUUAUUCCUGACGGUGAUCAGCCUGGACCGCUAUAUCCACUUGAUCCAUCCUGUCCUAUCUCAUCGGUACCGAACCCUAAGGAACGCCCUGAUUGUUAUUAUAUUCGUUUGGCUUUUGGCUUCACUAAUGGGUGGUCCUGCCCUCUACUUCCGGGACACUCUGGAGUUUGAUAACCAAACUCUUUGCUAUAACAAUUUCCAUGAGCAUGAUUCUGACCUCACUGUGAUGAGGCACCAUGUUCUGACCUGGGUGAAAGUCAUUGUUGGGUACCUCUUCCCUCUGCUGACAAUGGGCAUUUGCUACUUGUGUCUCAUCUUCAAGGUGAAGAAGCGAAGCAUCCUGAUCUCCAGCAAGCAUUUCUGGACCAUUCUGGCUGUGGUCACGGCCUUCUUUAUUUGCUGGACUCCGUAUCACCUGUUUAGCAUUUGGGAGCUCACGAUUCACCACAGUGGCUAUUUCCAUCAGGUACUGCAGGCUGGAAUCCCCCUCUCCACUGGCUUGGCAUUCCUCAACAGCUGCUUGAACCCCAUCCUUUACGUCCUAAUUAGCAAGAAGUUCCAAGCGCACUUUCGGGCUUCCGUGGCUGAGAUUCUCAAGAACACGCUGUGGGAGGUGAGCUGCUCCAGCACCGCGAGCGACCAGCUCAGGAACUCCGAGAGCAAGAACCCGUGUCUCCUGGAAACAGCCCAGUGAAUUCUGACUCUUCCACAAGCCAGUGUAAGGCUUCUGUGUGGGUCGCUGGACAGAUGGUUUCAGAUUGUUGGUUCCAAGAUACAGAGCUGACCGUUUCUUGUCGUUGUUUUUGGUCAGUAUAUCGGCAUCACGUAUUUGUGUGAAUAUAAAACUUAGGAUCUUCGUUUUUUCCCCCUGCAACUUAAAUUAUCUGUGUUAUUCU